UUUGAUGUAGUUAAAUGAUAAUGUGACUGCAUAUACGUCAUUAAUUAAUUUUAUUUUAACAAAUAAUAACAAUAUCAAUUAUACCAGGUAUUUAUGAAGAUUUUAUUAGCUUUUCUACCCCUUUUUAUGCCCCUAUGUAGCCAACCGGAUCCUUAUAGCGUCGAAGAUGAAAAGAACCUGCAGUGUUGCGCUCGGAGAGCCGCUUGUUGCAAAACCUAUCCCACGGAUUUCGAGAUAAAAGCAGUGUUAUCGAAAUGCUCCAAGGUUGACAAAACCGCCGACAAGAAACGCACCCCGAUGACCGUCGUGAGGACCCUCAGGAGUCCCGAUUCCGACGACAGCGAGCGCAAAAAGGCCGGCGAAUCGACGCCGGGAAUAGCGAAUUGCAAGAGGAAGUUGAAACUCACGGUUAAAAUGAGAAACGCCGGCGUCACCGAUACUAAAAGCCAGUACGUGCUCGUCGAUCACGUGUUCGAUAGCGUUACGCAGCAGAAGCAGAAACUGUUCAAUCCCUACGUGCUGAAGAUCACCCAGGAACCCGUGCUGGCCGUCUACGGGCUCUGCUACGAUGGAGUUGUUAAUGCACAAGCUAAGGAACUGGUUGUUAACAAAAAUCAAGCUGGGUAUACUGGAUGUCGAUCUGAUAGUCCUAAUAAUCCUGUAUGCGGUUCCGUGAGUUACAGAAGCGAAACUGUACCUUAUAGCAACGGGUUUUGUUGUUCCUGCAAUAAAGAUAAAGACUCGGUGCAUUUUUUAAACUUCUCCAACCUACCAUACUCGUACAAAUUCGAGAAAAUACCCUCGUACGAAAAGAACUAUGCAGAAAACCACCUAACACCAUCUUUGAAAUCAAUGCAUAACAACAGCACAUAUUCCAAUAACGAACAAUCAUCUGAAAACAGAAACAUUGAAAAUGAUACCUCACAGGCACGUCCUCACAAACGUGGAGGCCAGAACUGCAACGACAAAUACACCCCGGCAAACAUCAUCAAUCCGGACGAUUACCAUUCGAGCAGCCACUGUUUGCAGUUCUCCGAUCUCUGGUACUUCGUGUACCGCAUUCGCAAGCCCAAAGUGCACCACAGCGUCGCCGUGCGGAUAUUCGAGAAGUACCAGACCUUAGAAGGCGUCUGCAAGUGGAGGGACCUCACCAAGAAAACCCCCGUAACCGUCGGUACGGAUUUCGAGAAUUUCGCCAACGAGGAUUCCACGCUGUCCGUGGGCUACGAUAGAAAACCCCUGCCCGACAACACGUUUACGCUGAAUUACCAGCUGCACAAGAUACUCGUUCCCGACGUGUUGAACGUUGACGAGGUGAUUCCGCAUCCGGAGAUCAAGGGAGGACCCGGGGAGUACUUGGUGGUUAAGAGCGCGCAAGUGCAGCAGAACGGGAAAACCUGCAACGUGGCGGGCGUGGGUUACGAAGCCUUCGCCAAGCAGGCCAAUCGUUGCUCGAACCCGAGGGGCACUUGCCUCAAAAACCAGCCGAUUCACAUGUGGGAAGAAGACCACGAUCUGGACGUGGAAGGAAAGAAAGGCCGAUACUUUUUGAAAUUCUACGGCCUCCUACCCGACGAACCUAUAUCGUCCGAUAAAGAAAACCGGACGUUAUCGAUGUACUUGACGAACAUUUACACGAGUCUCCUCGAUAUAGAAAUCAAAUCCGACGAUAAUCCUCUGUUGCGAGCCAACAGCUUGGCGACGAUAACCGAAGUGUACGUGGAGAGCACCAACUCGCAGAAAACCUCGAUCAUCGCCAAAAUAUUCAACUCCGGCUUGAUAUCGAGCGUUUUCUACGUCGGCGUGACGGAUUGCCCGUUGAAUUUACCGGCCAGCUUCAGCCACAUCUACUCCAAACCGGCGUUGAUACCGCCCCAGCACCAGCACGUCUACAACCUGGAAAUACAAUGCCCGCUGCCCCUAAACGGCUUCGUCUGCUCCCUGCAGGUGCUCAACGUCAAGCAAGAGCUGAUCGCCCUGCGGAAGAUCCGGCUGCAGCGGAAGGACCGAUGCGUCUGCGCGUGGCACUGCUCGUGCGCCUGCUACUCGGCCGAUCUGGGCUUGAAGUGCAAGCCGCUGUCUUUGGAGGCCUACCACGUGGCCGGCUUCCAAGGCGGCGAGCCGGCGGCGCUGCGCGUGGUGGAGUACACCUUCUGGGACGACAUGAUCGCGAUGUUUCUCUACGCGUUCGUGACGGUGUGCCUCACGCUGCUGGUGAUGGGGCUGGUCAAAGGCGUGGCGGGCAUCUGCGUGGUGCCCAUCGGUUUGUGGGGCUUGGAGGUCGUGCUGGAUCUGCCGAAGAAGAUCGAUAGGUAUUACGAGAGGGAUAUCAAUCGAUUGGCUGUGGUGUACGAUGCUAACGGGUGGCCUGUGCAUCCGGAGACGGGCGAUAGGGUGAGGAACAUACCGGCGCACGCGGAAUUCUGCGUGAAUUUGAUAUUUUUCAUCGUUUACCCGUUUUGUAUUGUUUGGCACCUGGUGAAGAAAACUUGUACGGGUAAGGUGGAGCGCAAGGAUAUCGAUGUUUGCUAUUGCAAACAGGGCGCCGCGGUGCAAAGGAAAAAUCGCAGUUUGCAGAAUUCUUUGAUAUUCAAAUCGAAAUGAAUGUAGUUAAAAAUAAUAUGUAUUGUAGAAAUAGGUAAAUAUCGGUUUAUUAUACUGAAUAAAGAUUGUAAGUUAGAUAUGUAGCAUAAAAAUAAC